AUGGACGCUUCCGACGCGGCGGCCGGCAUCUUCCUGCUCCUUUUCGGAAUCGUCGGAUGCGCUCUCUACGGACUGAUCGUCGGUUCGAUGUGGCGGAUGGUCAACGAGAUUGUCGGUUUUCGCUUUCUUAUCUCGCAAGCGCUCACCGACAUUCUGCUCAUGAUCCAGUUCGGCAUUUGGCCGGGCAUUGUGAUUCUGACCCAGGAUGAGAUUAUCAACGAAUCGUGGCGCUGGAACAUCCACAUCUAUCUCGAUUUCACGUGGUGGGCCAUGGUCUACCACUACACAGUUAUCGCGUGGUCCCGUCUGGCGGCAGUCCAGUGGCCCAACUGGUUCCGCACUCUUCCGCAUGGCACAAGCAUUAUGAUCUGUGCGAUUCCAUGGUUCACUGGUCUGUUGCAGAGUCUAGUCGAGCAUCAGGUUCGUGAUGACGGUGAUGUUGAAUCAUCAGAAGAAAGUGCGUUUCCAGUUCGAGUGGUUCACUCCUCUCUACUAUUCUCCAACUCGGUACGGAAUGCACUCUAAUUGGCAGCAGUACGAACUCUCCGGGACCAACACCUAUUACAUGGUGUGCAAUGUCAUUCUGAUGGUGGUCCCGUUCCCGCUCUACGUACUAGCCCUCGCCGUUCUCUUUCAAAGGCAAACGUCUCGAAAUCUCCGUAAGAUUAAAAGGCUUAGUUGGUCCCAUCCUAUUAUUAUUAUAGAACUGCGUUCCAAGUACUCCCACGCGCCCAUCUCGACCUCAUCGUACGCGGCUCAACAAAGACAACUGAGCAUAGAAACGCGGCUGCUCGUUCCGUGCAUCAUAAACACAAUUCUGUUCGUGGUCGGACAAGUGUUCAUCACUCAGUGCUCCAAGCACGGAAAGUGGAUGAACUGGGCGGUGAUGGUCGUGUUCGCCACCAAUUCUUUCGUGAAUCCCUUCUCUACUUGUUCUUCAGGUGCGUUUUUGGAACUCUCCAAUCCUAUUCCAAAUUUCUCUUUACAGUAGUGUCAUCCGAAAAGGAGUUCUGAGCAACUGCCGCAAAAACUUCUCCCUCUCUGCCAUCUAUAACGACUACGAGAUGAGAUCCUCUCCGCGGACCUCGAGCAUCGUGAUGCGGCUCAACCAUCGUGACUCCACAAUCACUUCGCAUCUCAACUGCCGAGUCAAUUCCACAUCAUAA